AUGGCUCUACAAGGCAUUGAGCAGACCAUCCCUCGGGAUCCGGCUCUGUUCUAUUGGAUCUUGAUCCCCAUCACAAUUGUCAUGAUCCUGACAGGUAUUCUCCGCCAUUACGCAACAGUUCUGAUGAACAACCCCCCGAAACCUCCUGCGACUCUCGCCGAAUCACGCGAACGGCUUUCUCUGCUACGCGGUGUUAAUCUGCGCAACAAUGCUUCUGCGGUGCUUACGCGAGAGGGAUUCGAGGUGCGGAAGAAUUAUUUGAUUUCUGCUUAUAAGGAGGGAACGUUCCUUAAAGACCCUGCCAAUCGCGGCCAGCCACCUGCUAAUCCAAUGACCGAUCCCGCGGGCAUGGAGGCUAUGAUGGGAAUGAUGAAAGGAAACAUGAUGAUGAUGAUUCCCCAAACUCUGAUUAUGAGCUGGAUCAAUGCGUUCUUUUCGGGAUUCGUUAUUCUUAAACUGCCUUUCCCGCUUACAAUUCGAUUCAAAUCAAUGCUUCAGUCCGGCGUUAUGACCCGCGAUUUGGACGUGAGAUGGGUAUCCAGUCUUUCCUGGUACUUUCUGAACCUGUUUGGUCUUCAAUCUGUGUUCGGUUUCAUUCUCGGUAGCGAUAACGCUGCCAGCCACAUGGCGCAACAAAUGGCAAGCAUGGGCCCUGGCGCAGCAGUCAAUCCCUUCCAACCUGGCCAGGAUCCAGACAAGCUAUACCAAAGUGAGGCAGAGAACCUGGAAGUCACUGAAUUUUUCAGCAUUCUGGAUGGUAUUGAGGAGAGAGUCCUCCAUAACUAUGCCUUUAAGGAGGUUCGCUAG